CGUCUAGCUUACCAGCACCCACCGCCGCCCUCCCCUCAUCUCUGACGAGAAACCAAGAAACACCAAGCAUGGCUUACCCGUCCGUAGCUCCACCCGCCGGCGCCGACGCGGCGUCGGGCUGCAAGCCAUCCAAGCUCACCUGCCUCUGCUCGCCGACCAACCACCCGGGCUCCUUCCGCUGCAGCCGCCACCGGACGCCCCGCGCACGGCCACUGCCGUCAUCCGUCUUCGUCCGCGCCUCGCAGAAGCAGGCCGCGGCGCCGGGGAUGAUGAAGAGCGGCGGCGGCGGCGUCGCGGGAAGCAUCAGAGCGACGAGCAAGGGGCGGCCCGUCCUGCGCGCGCACCUGCACCUGCAGCGGCUGCUGGCCAGCCCGCCGCCGUCGUCCGGCGGCCGCUGCCGCGAGUUCAAGCCCCGCCUGUCCAGGCUGGGCCGCCUCGCCGCCGCCAGCUUGUGACGCCGGCACCGGCCGGUUCCGCUGCCUCGCCAGCUUGUUACUCAUCACUGAUGCGCCUAU